AUGGGCUUCCCUGCUCGCAUUUUCCGCAUACCGCGACCCAAAACCUUCCUCUACCUAAUGUCCCUUCGGACCGGCACCGAACUUUCCACUUUGUCGCUCCUACUUAACAAAGUCUCUGGCCUCUAUGGCCUCCUCGCCCUUCUGACCGGCCUUCACCUCUCUCCUCUCCAACUCUCCAUGUACAUCUACUCGCUUUUCGCACUUCUCAUUACAAUCCUCCUAGCGCCUCAUAUUCGAACACAGAGUCCCUUCCACUGCCUUGCGCUUGCUACAUUCUACAUACUUGAUAGUAUCAUAAACGCUGCUUACACGGCCGCAUUUGGCAUAACGUGGUUUCUCGUCAUUUCGCAGCACCAUAGCGAUGCGAAUGGAGGCAAGGCGCCUGGCGCUGGCGGUGAAACGAUUGGUGAUACAGCAGGCUUUACGAGUCCCGAGUUCAACGUCAGCCAUGUCGAUGUGGCUGUAGGACCGGACCAGGGCGUCCCUGGUCAUAAGAAUGAGGCGGUCACUUCAGGCUCUUUGGGAUCUCCAGCUACUACUGCAGCGUCACCCAGCCUAGGUGAUGGCGUGCUGCAGCCGGAAAGUAUUAGUAGCAUCGUUGCCAUCUGUGCGCUAUGGGCGAUCCGAGUCUACUUCGUGCUCAUCAUUAUGAGCUACGCACGCUUGGUAUUACGGAGGUAUGUGGCGUCUACCUCGCGGACCGGUAUCGGGAGCAAGUUAUCAGGGCUCAUAGAGGACCCAUUCGCCAUACACCUGCCCGAGGGCAAAGGCUGGAGGGGUAGGCUAGGGCGGGUAAUGAUAAGUGUGGGAAGAGGAUACUGGUUGGGGAGCGAGGAGGGUGAUGAUGCAUGGAUGAACGACGAGGUGGCAAUGGGUAGGAUGAAGAGGAGAGAACCAGCCCAGGGGGCUAGUGAUGCGCCUGGAGUCGUAGAGCGAGAACGCCGAAGACGCAGCGGAACUGGGCCUCCGCCUCCAAUGCCACAAUUACAAGGAGGACAGGGGCAACAUUUGAGGGUUCAAGAAGUGAGAGACGGGAAGUAA